AUGGGAUCUCAAUCUGAUCUUGAUUUUCCCGAGUUACCUGAAGAAAGUGAAUUUGGACUCGAACUGGAAGCACGGGAAGUACCAGAACCAGGAAUAGAUUCCUUCUUAGUGCACACACAAGGCUACACAGUGGUUAGUUAUAACGAAGACGGCAAUUUCUUGCUUACAGCUGGAGCAGAUGGAGCAAUUCGAUUCUUUCUUGUCUUGGCUAACGGAAACAUAGAUGAUAGACCCAUUAACAUUCUUCAUCAUACUAAAGGCGUUCGCUGCAUUGGAAUAAGUAAUGGAAAGCUUGUUACUGCAUCGGAAGACAAGACCGUCGCACUGUUUAAUCUGACAACCAAGAAAUUUGAAUCAUUACUAUAUCGUUGUACAUUGCCUGCAAGAUAUGUUUCGUUUGAUACGGAUGGUUUACGAGUAGCCGUGGCUUCAGACGAUUCGACCAUCCAAAUAGUUAACACAGUAAACAUUAGUGAUGUGGUUGUAGUCAAAGGGCACACCAAUUCUGUAAGAUGUGUUGAGUUUGAUCCAGCUGGAGAAUUCUUGGUCUCUUCUAGUUGUGACGGGACUAUUCGAGUAUGGGACAUGCGAUACGGUGAGCCUCGUUUUAUUAAGCACUUUUUGGGCAUAAUUCCGCACACAGAUCCAGGGGACCCACAGACAUGUCAGAUAGCGUGGCAUCCGUCAGGAAAAUGCUUUGCCGUUCCAGGAGAUGAUAAAGACGUCAUAAUUGUCAAUAAGAAUAGUUGGAAAUACAACAUAAUGUUUAAAGAUCAACAUAAACAGAAUAUAUGCGUCCUUCAAUGGUCACCGAAUGGUCGAUAUUUGGCCACAGCGGGUUUGGAUUGUUACAUAAUGGUCUGGAAUUUAAUAAAGAGAAAGUCUUCAUGGAAAAUACGACAUAAAGCGCAUGUCACUAGUCUAUCAUGGCAUCCGGAUGGCAAGAAAAUAGCAUACGUGGAUGUGCAAGGAACCUUAUAUUUCUGGGAGCCAUUUGAUUUUGACGAUAUUGAAGACGAAGGAAGUGUCGCAAUGGAGGAAGAUGAUGUUGUACUGGACCGUAUAUUCAACAUCAGCAUUGAUGAUGCAGAGCGCGAAGACGAGGACAAAAAUGCUCCACGUAGAAGCAAUAGGCUCAAGUAUGAUUACAAAGAUGAUUACUUUGAUCUAGACGAUUUUGUUGAGGAUGACGAUGGUGCAGGAUAUGUGCCUAAAAAGCCCGCCUAUGCAAUGGAUAGGAAAUCUAAUGUCGACAUCAGUACACCCCAGAAACCAUUUCAGCCAGGAUCAACGCCGGAGAAGGAAAAAUCACGCUAUCUUGCAUUCAACUUGAUAGGAUGUAUUACAACACUCGAUCAAGGAACACAUUCGACAGUAAGUGUUGAAUACUUGGACAAAUCAAUAUGUCGACCGUAUCAUUUCACUGACUUGUACAACUUUUCCAUGGGUUGCUUGGGUAGACACGGAGCAGCAUUUGCGGCCGAGUCAAGUACUGGUAGUCCAAGUGUGAUCUCGUUCCAACCAGAAACACGGAAUUCACGAGGCGAAUGGACAUUAGAGCUUCCAUCAGGAGAAUGCGUGAUGGCUUUGGCCUUGAGUGGCAAAGGUCCGAUUGCGGCUACAUCGAAGAACUAUAUACGAUUUUUUUCAAGCGGAGGUGUUCAGACAAAAGUCUUUUCUCUACCAUCUAUCGUAUGUAUGACGGCCAUUGAUGAGUUUGCCAUGUUUAUUUACCACAUAGGCCCAGGACUGAAAGGAUCACAAAACCUUGGCUAUAUAUUGUAUAAUGUUGAAUCGCAUGAUUUUAUUCAAGACGGCCACUUGCCAUUAUCAACUGGAGCAAUUUUGAAUUGGGCGGGCUUUUCACAGGACGGAUUACCGGCCAUUUACGAUUCAAAGGGAGUUCUAAGCAUUCUUCAUCGUCAUCGUGAGCCUCGUCAAGCACGCUGGAUGCCAAUAUUGGAUACAUCUACAAUACCAAAAGAAGAGGGAAAAACAGUAACGUAUUGGCCAGUCGGAAUACUUGACAUGGAAUUAAUGUGUGUAAAAUGCAAGGAUGGACAGGAGCAUCCUUCGCUCCCAAGACCACCGAUAGAUGAAAUUAGCUUCCAGAUACCAUUGCUACAAAUCGACAAACCUACCGGUCAAUUUGAAGAGAAGUACAUGCGCAUGAAUAUUUUGAUAGACUACGAACAGCAGGAAGCAGAGGCUAGAAAUGAGCACCGACGAAGACAGCUCGAGUUCCGUAAGAAGUACACCGAGAUCGAUAAAAUUUUACUACAGCUUAUUCAAAUGGCAUGCAAAGCGGAAAAGACAGAGCGCGCCUAUGAUUUAGCGACAUUAUUAAACUCGCCAGCAACUGUAGAGGCUGCUAUAAAGAUUGCUCAGCAUAAUAACUAUGCGAAACUGGCUGAGAGAAUAAAUGCAUUGAAUAAGGCAUAUCGCGAAGAGGAAAGCAGACAACCUCCCAUAAAAAUCGCAUUACAGCAGCGUAUACCAUUACAGCCGCAACUGCAACAACCAGAAGCGCAAGUAACGACUAAUACGUCCCUCCCUGUACAGAAUAGACCACAAACGUCGCCUCAGCAAAAAUCAACAGAAGGUGAUGUUGAUAUCAUUAUGGGGGAUGAAGCAACAGCGACACGGCAUAGCGAUGCAUCUGACAACACUCUAAAGCGACAUGUUGAAGAGAUGGAUGUGAAUGAGGAAAAUAACCACACAGAGGAAGCACCAAUAUUCAAGAAAGCUAAUUUAACGCAGAAGGCGGACCUUUCGCAUAGAAAAAAUCCAUUUCUGAAGAAGCCAAGUGGACAGAAAAAGACACCCGGACUGCUUAAGACAUUGGAUGACAAAUUGUAA